AUGUCUAAUCCUGUGUACACUUUGACCGAGGGUCAGCCUGUUCGCGAUCCCUCCGUGAGCACUACGUUGCCUGUCUUUGGGGGCGGCGGUCUCACAACACUUGUCGUCCAUGCCAAGGCCGCUGGUGCUUGGGGUGAAUUCGAAGUUACAAACCCCGAGAUCGCUCAAUUGACUUGCGCCAAGUUCCUUGAUACCGCUGGCAAGAAGACCCAAGUUCUCUUCCGUCUCAGCACCACUGGUGGUGAGAAGGGCAGCGCCGAUACCGUUCGCGAUGUCCGAGGAUUCUCUGUCAAGUUCUUCACAGAGGAAGGAAACUACGACAUCGUAGGGAACCACGUUCCUGUCUUCUUUGUCCGUGAUCCCAUGCGAUUCCCUUCGUUGAACCGAAGCCACAAGAGACAUCCCGCUACCAACCGACCUGAUGCAACUAUGUUCUGGGACUUUCACGUUAAUCAACCCGAGAGUGUCCACACCCUAAUGCAUCUCUUCGGCAGCCGCGGUCUUCCAGACUCCAUCCGCCGCGUCACCGGUUUCGGCGUUCACACCUUCAAGCUCAUCGACAGCUCUGGCCGUCCCCGAUACUGCAAAUUCCACUUCCGUCCCGAGACUGGCCACACCAGCUUUGCCUCUGCUGAAGAAGCUGAGAAGAAGGCCGGUGCCAAUGCUGAUUAUCAUACUGAGGAUCUCUGGGAUGCUAUUGCUCGUGGCGCGUACCCUGUCUGGAAGUUGUAUGUUCAGAUCAUGGAGCCUGAGAGGGCCGAGACUUUUGGUCGGGCUUUGUUCGACAUUACCAAGAUUUGGUCUCAUAAGGAAUUUCCUUUGAUUGAGGUUGGAAAGAUGACCUUGAACAAGAACCCUGAGAACUACUUCGCCGAGAUUGAGCAGGCUGCCUUCUCACCAUCGAACUUGGUCCCUGGUAUCGCUGCAACGCCUGAUCCCAUGCUCCAAGCUCGCAUGUUUGCCUACCCCGACGCCCAGCGAUACCGCCUCGGCUCCAACUACGCCCAACUCCCUCCCAACCGUCCCAUUGCCCCUGUCUACGCCCCCUUCGUCCGCGACGGCAUCACCACCACCAAGAACUAUGGCGGCGACCCCAACUACGUCCGAAGCACUCUCAGCCCCGGCGUCACCACUCAAUCCAUCACUCAGAUCACACACCAUGAGCGCAUUGCUGCAAAUGCCCUGCUGGGUCUAAAUGAGAUCCCCGUCGAUGAUGAGGACUUUGUUCAGCCUCGAGAUUUGUGGAGGAGAGUCUUUGAUGAUGCUGAGAAGGAGAAGUUUGUUGGAAAUGUCGUUGGAAGCUUGGCCGGUACACCUGCGCCUUUGAGGGAGGCUGUCGUUGCUAUGUUUAGCAAGGUUGAUGGUGAGAUUGGCCAGCGAAUGAUGGCCAAGAUCAAGGAGGAUGCUACCCACCUUUAG